GGCCGGCUCCCAUCUGCCGAGCCGGGUCGACCAACAAGCGGAACGCGGCAGCGGGGCUGGCGCUCGGGCUGUGCGGCGGCGGCCGGAGCGCUUUGGGAGGUGCACGGGACGAAGAUGGCGGCGGAGCGACAGGAGGCGCUGAGGGAGUUCGUGGCGGUGACUGGCGCCGAGGAGGACCGAGCCCGCUUCUUCCUCGAGUCGGCCGGCUGGGACUUACAGAUCGCACUAGCGAGCUUUUAUGAGGACGGAGGGGAUGAAGACAUUGUGACCAUUUCGCAGGCAACCCCCAGUUCAGUGUCCAGAGGCACAGCCCCCAGUGAUAAUAGAGUGACAUCCUUCAGAGACCUCAUUCAUGACCAAGAUGAGGAUGAGGAGGAGGAGGAAGGCCAGAGGAGCAGGUUUUAUGCUGGGGGCUCAGAGAGAAGUGGACAGCAGAUUGUUGGCCCUCCCAGGAAGAAAAGUCCCAACGAGCUGGUGGAUGAUCUCUUUAAAGGUGCCAAAGAACAUGGAGCUGUAGCUGUGGAGCGAGUGACCAAGAGCCCUGGAGAGACCAGUAAACCAAGACCAUUUGCAGGAGGUGGCUACCGCCUUGGGGCAGCACCAGAGGAAGAGUCUGCCUAUGUGGCAGGAGAAAAGAGGCAACAUACCAGCCAAGAUGUUCAUGUAGUAUUGAAACUCUGGAAGAGUGGAUUCAGCCUGGAUAAUGGAGAACUCAGAAGCUACCAAGACCCAUCCAAUGCCCAGUUUCUAGAGUCUAUCCGCAGAGGGGAGGUGCCAGCAGAGCUACGGAGGCUAGCCCACGGUGGACAGGUGAACUUGGAUAUGGAGGACCAUCGGGACGAGGACUUUGUGAAGCCCAAAGGAGCCUUCAAAGCCUUCACUGGCGAGGGUCAGAAACUGGGCAGCACUGCCCCCCAGGUGUUGAGUACCAGCUCUCCAGCCCAACAGGCAGAAAAUGAAGCCAAAGCCAGCUCUUCCAUUUUAAUCGACGAAUCAGAGCCUACCACAAACAUCCAAAUUCGGCUUGCAGACGGCGGGAGGCUGGUGCAGAAAUUUAACCACAGCCACAGGAUCAGCGACAUCCGACUCUUCAUCGUGGAUGCCCGGCCGGCCAUGGCUGCCACCAGCUUUAUCCUCAUGACUACUUUCCCGAACAAAGAGCUGGCUGACGAGAGCCAGACCCUGAAGGAAGCCAACCUGCUCAAUGCUGUCAUCGUGCAGCGGUUAACAUAACCACCCAGCCAGCUGCCUGGCCUCCCUCCUGUGUUUCCCACGGCCAGUGGCCAUGGUCCAUGGGGAUCGCCCCUCCUGCCCCCUUGUGCACACCCAGCAGUCGAGUGUGACGUCUCCUCCAUAGCUCUGGGUUCUUAGAUCUUGGUUGGACAUUUGUUUUCUCCUUAGUUGCAUUUUCCUGGGUUUUUGUGACGAUCAAUGGACUUUAAUGAAAAAAAUAAAAACAACCAAAAAAAUUGAAGGAAUAUCACCAGCAUGUUGUACGGAAACUCUCCCACUGAAGCAGGCUUUAACUGCUUUAAAAUUAUAUUUAUCUUGGGGCCUGUGGGACAAAACUUCCUUCCAUCCUCUGCAUAAAAACUUGUGGCACACAGUGCUUAUUCACUAGUGUGUCCCACCCACCAGCCCCAAAGAUGACUGGAGGAAGGAGCAGAAACGUUUAGAAAGAGGCUUCGCCACCACUAGUUCCUACAGGAAUGUAUCACUUGCCCAGAUAAAACUGAGCAACAGCCAGAGUCCCCUAAAGUGGGAGGUCAGAGCUGCAUGCACAUGGUGUCUUCAGAAACUGAAAUAUUUCCCUAUGCUCUUUUUACUCAACCCCUGGGAAAUCCAAUCUUGCCAGGCCUUGGCCAGUUGAGAUUCUGUUUCACCUGCCUGCCUGGCCCUUUCCUCCAUCACCAUCCAGACUGCUCCCCUCCUGGGAAUUCUCAUGGGCUCCAUUAUGGCUUUAUUUACUCCACCUGCAGAAGUCUAAGUGGACCUAGGAGGGAGGUGGAGUAUUUUUUCAGUAGGAUACAGCUCAUGCCAACCCAACCCAAGUGAGUUCAGAAUCAGGGUAUCUUGCCCUAAAGAUAAACAGUCAGAAUGCCACUGAGCUGUUCACUAGUGAUAUGUGUGGCAAAUCAAAUCAACUGUUGAAGAAGGGGUGAGUUUCCUGUGCUACAAGCACCUGUCACUGUUGGUACUUACAGGAGGCUUCUGCUGGUACAUCUUGGAAGUGAGUUUAAUAUCACUAGUUGGCUUUGCUUAGCAAGUUCUGCUUCACAGUUCUUUGACCUGCUGACUUGUGACUUGCAGAAACUUAGGCAGUAGUCCUGACCUGGUAAACACCCUCCACCACCUCUAUAAGUUUGCUUCCUAUGCAGGUUUGGGAGAGGAGGGCCAUUGGGCUCUUGGAUGGAACCCUUUCCCCAUUAAACAAACCAGAGACUUAGAAUCCAUGCUGACUCAGGAUCUCCUGGUUUGGAAUCGUAAUGUGCCUCGAUCCUCUUUCCAAGCAGGCCUCACCAGCCUCUUUCUCUUUCCUGCUUCACCCCUGCAAUGAGCCAAGAACCAACACUACAUCCACCUAGAACUGCAGAAGGGCUUGUGGUUUCAACCAAGACCCAUCCUGAGAAAGGGACUUGGCUUGGUGCUUUUGAUCCCAAAGUUCUCACACUGGCAGUGGCCUGCUGGGACAAUGGCAUCUGUCAUGGCGUUUCCUCCAGCAGGUGGAGAUUACUGUGGAACCUACAUAUGGGUCUGGAGAAACUGUACACUGUUGUCACCUUGACCAUUAAAAACCAGAAUGAGGACAA